AACUAUAAUCGAUCAAAUUCUAGUCUCCCUCAUCAUUGACCCUUCACCUCUGCCCUUUCAGCCAUCCCCCGUCGAUCUUUUCGCUCUCCGGAACAAAAUCAGGUCAAGAAUCUACUUCUUCUUCUUCUUCUUCUUCUUCCGCAUAUAAUUGCAAGAGAAACGGAGUUCAGACAGCCUGAUUGAGAUUCUAGAUGAACCAAAGAAUAUCUCAGCUGUCAGGAGGGGUGAAAAAAAGAGGCUAAAAAUCUGAUAUUUGUUUGAUGGGCCUCACCUUAAUUUUAACCUUUGCGUCAAUCUUGAAGUCCCCAUUUCUCUAUGGCCAAUUCUCACUCUCCCUUCAUCGCUGUUAAUUGUGUGAGUGUCACCAUUUUUAGACUACCCAUCACCCGUUUUCAUCUCCUUCUCAUAUUUCUCCAUACCCUCUUAUAGCCUCGUCAACAAUCCCUCAUCUUCAACUCAAUCAGCAGAUUUAAUCAUUUCAAAUUCAGGUGAAAGAUUGUCCCCUUUUUUCAGCUUCCCUUGCUGACUCGUAAUCUCUUCCAUACCCUGUUUGAAUACCAGAAGAAAAAAAGUCGAGAAAUUCUCUGGAUAUUGCGAGAAAGUUUGAGAAUAUUUGGGAAAUUGAAACGACCCUUUCCUUUUGUGGACUUGAGCUUUUAAGAGGAAACCAUCAGGGAUUUCCCAUUAUUCUUUGUCUCUUUGUGGUUGCUGCGAUUAAUCAAGAAAUUCUCAGGCUGAUUCGAAAAGAAGUUAUCAGCCCAUAGCUUCCGAUCCAUUUUCACUUUCUCAUCAUUUUAUCAUAAUCCGAUAUAUAAAAUUUAAUUGAAAAAAGUCUUGUGACACGCCAUUUGGAUCCCAAAAAUAACAGAGACAAAGCUAAAGAUAAAUACCAAAAUCACACUGAUACUGAAUAUAAAGGAGCGAGCUUGGUUUUCAAAGGAGAUGGCAUCAGUGUUUUUGUACCACGUCGUGGGGGAUCUGACGGUGGGGAAGCCAGAGCUGGUGGAGUUUGCAGAGACAGAAACAGUAGAGGCCGCCAUUCGUGCAAUUGGCGAGUCUACAGAAGGUGGAAUAGCUGUGUGGAAGAAGAGAUCACAGAAGAAUGUGAUUGAGAAUGCAGAAAUGAGGCAGCAGAGGUUUGUGGGGAUCCUGAAUUCCUUUGACAUUGUGGCUUUCUUGGCUAAAGAUGAUUGCUUGGCUGAUCAGGAUAAGGCAAUGAAGACCCCUGUUGCUGAGGUUGUUGUUCCCAACAAUUCUUUAUUGAAGGAGGUUGAUCCUGCUACGAGAUUAAUAGAUGCACUUGAGAUGAUGAAGCAGGGCGUGAAGCGACUCCUUGUCCCUAAAAGCAGAGGGUGGAGAGUUGUAAGCAAGCGAUUUUCUGUUAUUUAUAAUGGAAAGUGGCUCAAGAACCUCGAUACUUCAGGUGCUAGUAAUGCCAACUCUGCUGCUAGUCUCAACCGUCCUUCGUCAUCUUCAACUACCACAAUUAGGGACAAGAUUUGUUGUUUGUCAAGAGAGGAUGUGCUUCGUUUCCUCAUUGGAUGCCUUGGUGCCUUGGCUCCUCUUCCCCUUACCCCCAUUUCCUCCCUUGGUGCCAUCAACCUAAACUACUGUCACAUUGCAACAACCCAACCUGCCAUCGAUGCUACCCGGAUGCUGCCUCAGGAUCUGAGUGCAGUUGCUGUUGUUGAACCGGCAUCUGAUGGUCAACAUAAGAUUAUUGGUGAGAUUUCUGCAUGUAAACUAUGGAAAUGUGAUUACUUAGCCGCAGCAUGGGCACUGGCUAAUCUCUCUGCAGGCCAGUUUGUGAUGGGCGUUGAAGACAAUAUUACCUCCAGGUCGAUAGCAAAUUUAUCAACAAGUCCAGUUGCUGAAGAUUCAAAUUUAGCCAAUGGUGGUAGCGCCACGAGGCCAAGAAAGUUUAGCAGCAGAAAUAUUGGAUUUUUUAGCAGUGGAACGAGCCCAAGCUUUGGAGCUUCUAGGAGCAUGUAUCGAGGUAGAAGUGCACCCUUGACGUGUAAAACCACAAGUUCAUUAGCUGCAGUAAUGGCUCAGAUGUUGUCUCACCGAGCAACGCAUGUUUGGGUUACUGACGCUGAAAAUGAGGAGAUUUUAGCUGGGGUAGUGGGUUAUACAGACAUUUUGGCUGCAGUGAUGAGACAACCUGCUACAACUGUUCCUGAAGCCAGGACUGCUUAAGAAUGGGAAGGAAGUUAUGCUGACGCAACAUAUUUCCUUGAGCUUCAGAUCAUAGUUACUUUAAGUAUAUGUAUACUACGAAAGUUGGCUUGUUGGGAUUGGAAAAGUUUUCAAGUCAUGUUUUGUAUGAUUCAAUUUGUAAAUUGGAGAAUGGAAUAAGCUAAAAUUGUGUCAGUACGGAUGCGAGGGCUUUGCUAUCUGUUCAUGACAAGAACCAGUAUCAGAUUUCUGCUCUUACAAGUGAA